AUGUAUGAGCAGUUAUUACAGCAGUUGCUUAAGAUGAUGGUACUACAAUACCAAGAUGUGAAUGCUCUAGUCAAAAGAGAAAUGGAGGAGGAACAAUGUAUGAAUUGCACCCUCUACGCAGAGUUCAACGAUACUUUCUAUAAGAACAUCACCAAAAAUGAGACUACCAUCAAUAAGUUCUAUUUCUAUCAGUCAGCACAACUGGCGAUACUAUGGAUGCUGCUCGUGACCAUUGUGGCUGGCAACGCGACCGUAGUGCUCGCGUUGUUACUCACCAAGUCUAGGAAGAGUCGGAUGAACUUCUUCAUCAUGCAAUUAGCAAUCGCAGAUUUAUUAGUGGGUUUAAUAAGCGUUCUGCCGGAUUUAAUACAGCGGAUCACAAUCACGUGGCUUGCGGGGUCCAUCACGUGUAAAAUGAUGAAGUAUUUACAAGGUGUAGUAACAUAUUCUUCCACAUACGUAUUAGUGGCACUGAGUGUGGACCGAUGUGAUGCCAUCACCCAUCCCAUGAACUUCACGGGAAGCUGGCGUCGAGCGCGUGCGCUUAUCCUUGGAGCAUGGUUCGUCAGCUUUCUGUUCUGUGUUCCGAUGCUAUUCCUAUUUGAUGAAGCCAAUGUAGAAGGGAUCUACCAAUGCUGGUCAGGCAUCAGCAAACUGCAGUGGAGGAUAUGGAUGACCAGCGUAUUUGUCUCUUUGUUCGUGGCUCCAGCAUUGACAAUAUCAGCUUGUUAUGGAGUGAUCGUGGUCACGAUACGACAGAAAAGCAAUAGAGUAUUAGGCAGACGAGCUACGGCCACUAGACAAUGUUAUGGCAUACGGGUAGUUGGGUUACCUGAUGGCAAGCAAUCGGAUGCACCAAAGAAGUUUCAAAUACGUUGCCGGUCUUUUGGGGAUAAGGGUUUCGGAUUUUUCAGGAUUGGGAAGGGAUUAGGAGGAGGGGGAAGGAUAGGACCUCCGCAAUGGAUUGACAAUGGAAGAGCAACCUCAUUAAAUACACCCGAGCCUACGGCACGUAGCGUUCCGCGCGCGCCUCAAAGAGCCAAUAGACCACCACAGACGAAGCCCUAUUGGGCUUAUAUUCUUAUAUUCAGUCGGGGUAAGCGCAAUGAGGUACCAUGGCAGGAGAAGGAACGGGGGGUGUUUAGUCGGUAUUUUAUAAAACACUUACGUAAGUACUGGAAUCUUUUAUUACUGUGGGAAAGCCAUGCUUCGGCACGAAUGGGUCGGCUCGACCGGAGUGAUACCACGGCCUCACAGAAAACCGGCGCGAAACAACCACAGCGUUGUGUUUCGCCGUUGUUCGUGCUGUGCUGGUCUCCGUACAUGAUCUUCGACCUGCUGCAAGUCUACGGCUAUGUGCCAGACACGCAAGGGAAUAUUGCUAUCGCUUCACUCAUUCAGAGCCUGGCGCCGCUGAACUCCGCUGCCAACCCUGUCAUAUACUUUAUUUUCUCCAACAGGAUAUUUGUCAGCCUAAGGAACAUUCCUCCGUAUAAGUGGCUAUGGUGUUGGAUGAGGGCGAGUGACAGCCCUGCUGGGAACGAAUCGCGGGCACACACAGAGCUGCUGACGUCAUCACAUCGACGGACUAGACAUGAACUCACUAUACGGGUAAAAGAUGACAGCGUGAAGUUUCCGAAGCAGCGUCUACAUCAGUGCAACAGCACCAACUCCAAAAAGGUUCGUUUACAUCUGCCUGACCAACAGAUCAAUAACAACUGCCAUCCAGCGCAACGAAGACGGGAUGAUACUUUCUUGUAG